AUGAGUGAUACGCGUGAACAGAUUUUGGAACAAAUCAAAUUACAAGGCGAUCUCGUGCGUCAGCUGAAAGCAUCGAAGGAGUCUAAAGAGAAGUGCUUGGCGGUUGGCGCCGAAAAGGAGAAGAAGUUGCAACCACAGCAAGAAGAACGAGGAGAGCAACAAGUGCUGAUUGAAGGAACAACACAAGAUGCCGGAAACAUUGCCAGCAACGGCAACGGUGUCCGCCAGCAGCAUAGAUUGCACAGUUGCGGUGCUUAAGGUGCCCACGCCCACCAUGCAACUGCCGCAGGCGUGCAAUUUACAGAGUCUGGGCCUCAUUAUGGAGCCCAACAACAUCAACAUCGAGCUAAAUCCCGCGGCAACAACCUCUGGCUUCAAGAUGAUGACUAUGGAUAUUACCAAAACUGAACCCGGACUUGUCGGGCUAUCAUCAAAUCAGCAGCAACAACAACAGCAGCAGCAGCAGUCGGCACAACAACAGCAGCAACAGGCCGCAAACAUGAACAACAACGGGCAGAACAACAAUGGCAACAAUAAUAACAAUAACAACAAUGGUCUUAGCAAUGGCAAUGUUGUUAACAACAACAAUAACAACAGCAACAACAAUAACAACAACAAUGUACAGAGCAUUGCCGCUGCGGCGAACAACAACAAUAACAACAACAACGGCAGCCAACUAUGCGCCGGCUGUGGCAAGCACAUCCAGGACCGUUACCUGCUGCGUGCCCUCGACAUGUUGUGGCACGAGGAUUGCCUCAAAUGCGGCUGCUGUGACUGUCGCCUCGGCGAAGUCGGCUCCACACUGUACACCAAGGGCAAUCUAAUGCUCUGCAAGCGCGACUACUUGAGAUUGUUUGGCAACACGGGCUACUGUGCCGCAUGCAGCAAAGUCAUUCCAGCCUUUGAGAUGGUAAUGCGUGCACGCACCAAUGUUUAUCAUCUGGAGUGCUUUGCGUGCCAGCAAUGCAAUCAUAGAUUCUGCGUUGGCGAUCGUUUCUAUCUAUGUGAGAAUAAGAUACUCUGCGAAUACGAUUAUGAGGAGCGUCUGGUCUUUGCCUCCAUGGCCAAUCACCCGAUGCUGAAGCGUCAUGUGUCGUCCUUGGGCCAAGGCUCUCCGACUGGAGCUGCGGGCGCUGCUGGCGCUGCCGGUGGACUGCUGGGCGGUGGACCGGGCGGCGUGACGGGCGGUGCCAAUGUCAAUGGUGGCGGUGGCAUGGUCAAUGGUCCGCGCACUCCUGGCGAUCACAACAACAACAAUGGGCCGCAGACACCGACUGGCGGUGGUGGAGUCGGUUCACCAUUUGCUGCUGCCGCAGCGGCAGCUGCAGCCGCCGCGCAUAUGAAGAAUCAACUGGGGGCGUCCAGCUAAAAUAAAGCCCUGGGCAUGAGCGGCAGCAGCGGCGGUGUUGGUGGUGUCAGCGGUGGCAUCGGUGGAGGUGGAGGCGGAGGCGGAGGCUCUGCUCAGCAGUUCUAUGGAUCAGCUGGCUUUGGACUGCAUCACCAGCAUCAGCAUCAGCAACAGCAACAACAGCAGCAUCAGCAGCAGCAGCUCAUGG